AUGGACCGCCUCCCCCGCCUGUUGCAGAUCUCGACGCUGGUGGCGCACCGGGAGCGCGACCGCGAGCGGCCGCUAUGCUCGGAGCGCAGCGUGCGGGCCGUGGCGCGCGUCGGCCAGGCCGUCAACCUGGCGGUCGAGCGCUUCGUCACCGUCGGCGAGACCAUCGCUGACGACAACCCCGACAUCAAGGCCGACAUGUACGACGCCUGCAAGGAGGCGCGCGCCGCCGGAGCCGCGAUCGAGAAGCUGUGCGAGGCGGCGGUGUUGGAGGACUCGCUGGCGGACCGCGGCGCCGUGGUGCGGGCGGCGCGCGGGCUGCUGGCGUCGGUGACCAGGGUGCUGCUGCUGGCCGACGUGGUGGUGGUCAAGCAGCUGCUGCUCGCCAAGGACAAGGUGGCGCGCAGCCUCGGCCGCCUCGAGGGCGUCACCAACUUCACCGAGUUCGUCAAGGCGUUCAGCCAGUUCGGCGCCGAGAUGGUGGAGCUGGCGCACCUGACCGGCGACCGCCAGAACGACCUCAAGGACGAGAGGCGGCGCGCGCAGAUGGCGGCCGCGCGGCAGGUGCUCGAGCGCUCCACCAUGAUGCUGCUCACCUCGUCCAAGGCGUGCCUCCGGCACCCCGACUGCCCUUCGGCGCGCGAGAACCGCGACACCGUCUUCUGCCAGAUGCGCCGCGCCAUGGACCUCAUCCACUACGUCGUCAAAGACGGCGUGCUCGACUCGGCGGCGCAGCUGGCGCGGGCCGGCGCAGCUGCCUCCGGCGCCUCGCCCGUCGGGCCACCCGUGCCCUCCGAGGAGGACUGGGAUGCUAGUCGGACUGUGUCUGGUGCGCUAAAACACUUCGAGGACCUGGUGGAGAUGACGCGACUGACACUGCUUGGACCUGGCUGCAAGGAACGCCUUACAGCGGCACUCGAUGCAGUCGUGGAACGUACGCAAGACUUCACGGACUCGGCGUACACCAGUCAUGAGCAUCGUGAGAGCAUCCUCUUACUCUGUGAUCGGGCAAAACUUGAGCUCAACCAGCUGUUACGUGUUGGUGUCAGUCUGGAACAAUGUGAAGGCAGUUCACCUACAAGUGAAAUGGAGAGUGCAGUAUGUGGCGCAAUUCGUGCUGCACGUGACAUGGGACACCAGUUGCGACAGACAACUCUGGAACAAGCAGCAGAACUGCCAGCUGCACUACGGGGUGCACACGACACAGUUGCAGCGAUACGCAAUGCUGCACUUGCAGCUGAUGCUGACCGCCUGCAAGACUGCUCUGAUCGCUUCACUGAAUGCCUUGACCACAUUCUUGAGGUGUGCAAGCUUCUCAGACAUAUAGCAGUUACCGACACUCUUCAAGUUUCUGCCAAAUACACAGAAAUUAAUUUGAGGAUAUAUGGACCACAAGUUAUAACAGCUGCUCACACUUUAUCUUUGCACCCAACAUCAAAAAUAGCAAAGGAAAAUCUUGAAGUGUUUGCAGAUAUGUGGCAGGCUUUAGCAUCGGAUGUCCAGACUGUUUCAAAAGAAAUUGUGGAGCAGUGCCAGGGGCGACAAUCUGGAAAACAGGUGUACAUGUCCUUACCGAGACCAGGGAAACAUGGUACAACCAGCAAACCAUUAAAACCUGUGAGGUUAGAUUCAGAGGAACAGGCCAAGAUAGCAAAAACUGGUUUGGAAAUGAAACUCAUAUCAUCGGAGAUGGAUGCUGAGACGGACAAGUGGCAGGAAAGUGGAUCAGCGCUGGAAGAGAACAACGACAUUGUAAAGCGUGCCAAAAAUAUGUCUUCCAUGGCAUUUUCCAUGUAUCAGUUCACAAGAGGUGAAGGAGCGUUAAAGACAACACAGGACCUCUUCACACAGGCAGAAUACUUUGCUGAGGAGGCAAAUCGCUUGUAUAAAGUUGUAAGACAGUUUUCAUACCAGGUUCCAGGUGGUCCUCAUAAGAAGGAACUACUUGAAAAUUUAGACAAGGUACCAACCUAUGUGCAGCAGCUUCAGUUCACGGUGAAAAACCCAACUGUAGGCAAAGCCGCUACGUUCACAAAGGUUGAUAAUGUUAUCCAAGAAACAAAAAGUCUUAUGGACUGCAUUUCUAAAGUGGUGACAACUUGCUUUGUUUGUGCCACAAAGUACAACUUGGAUUUCCGAGGCCUGUCUUCCCGUGGCACAUCCGGGUCUCCAUUCCGCGACGAGGAUGGGACAGGGGCCGGAGCUGGGGGUGAGGGAGGCAAGAUGGGUGGUGCCCCUGGCUCCGAUCCCUCCAUCUGACAGUUCGGGAUGGCCCGAAGGGCCAAGGGCGACGCGCGCCGUACCAGGGUGUCUUUCCUUUUGUUCUGAGGCCCUGCUGCGGCCUGCCGAGGAAAUCAGCAGGCAGUACAUAAGAGAGGCUGAGACUGGAGCCUGCUGCCAGCACUGCUCCUUCAGAUGAAAUACUAAGCCAGCUGAUAUUAUCAAAUUGCCAAUUCUUGGCAAGCACUUGUAGAUGUUGCUAACAUAUGAGACUAUGAAGAACGUUUGUUUCUGUGGGCUUACAUCAUGAUAAGAGACAAAAAUGUAUAUGUUACAUUCUCAGGUUUUGGCAUUUGACAUCUUCCAUUAAAGGCGGAAACUAUCUCUCUGCCUUUGAUAUAGUGUUUGGUAUCACCCCUGAAACUUGUAUACUUUUUUAUGCAAGGAUGACUUCAUUUGCUUAUGUUUUUGAUAAGCAAGCUCUCUGUACCUCCCUGUUUCCCCCACCACCCAUCCCUAUCCGUAUCCCAUACCUCUAGUUCUAGUUCUUUUAAGGAAAUCUCAAAUGAAAUUUGUGUGUGAGUUCUUACUUUGUUGUUCUUUUUGCCCAGUAGAGAGAGAUUUUUUUGUACAAAUUACAUGAGUCAUCUGUGAUAAGUCUCCUCUUCUAUAAAUUUCAGUAUUGUUAAUGAAUCCCUGCAAUAAAUAGGUUUCAUUUUCACCGUGUUAUCUGUUGACCAUUACAUAGUUUGUAACUGUGAUUAUUAUGUCUUAUUAUUUAAAUGUUGUAAAUGUAUUUUUAUACUAGACCAGUGUUUAAUCGUAUAUUGUGCUACACCAUCAUAUAUUUGGUGUGGUGACCUGUUCCUAAACAUCAAAUAACAUUAAGUGAAAAAUAAAAGACUAGGAGUUUUGUCUUCAUUGAAUGAGAUUUACAUUGCUAUAGGGAACUUCACAAAGUGUGCAGUGAGGUUAUUUGACUGAAUUGUAAGUGAAUUGUACAGUUGUUUUUAGACUGUUGUAAUCCAGUUAUUGUAUGAGUAUUCAAUUAUAUAUAUGCAUUGUAUUUAUACGUUAUAGCUAGUAAUGUGCUCCUUGUGGUAAUGCUUUAUUACACAUGUGAGUGCAUUUCAUCCUUUGCAGUAUUUCUCUUACCUGUGUAUGCGACAAAACGAAAAAGAAAACUAGCAGUAAAGCAAUAAAUGAUCUCCAGCACACAUUUGCUAGUCAGACUGCAAGUGUAAGGCAAUGCAAUAAGAUCAGUGAAUCAUUAUAUAACAAUGGAAAGCCAGUAACAUUGUGAGGAAAUGAAGUAGUCUCACAAGCAUGUUAGUUCAUCUGGCUGUUACAUGAUGGACAAUGAUGUUAAGUAUUACUUCUACAUGAACCUUGCAGAGGCUGUUUUAGGUUUAAGAAAGCAUGAGCUUCUUAACAUUCCACUUGUGCAGCAGCAGGAUGUGAAGGUGCUGUUGUUCGUUAUUUGAUAUUGCGUGCUGAUAUGGAGAGGAACCAAGCAUUUUCAUGUGUCUCUGUGAAUAUCAGCUGACAAAAGUUAUAACUGUGCCUGCAAACUAUGACAUUUUUGUGUGCGAGAUUUAUUUGAAUUUAUAAACAUUUGUUCUCAAUUUAUACAAAACCACAAUAGCUUUAACUGUAGCAAGCUGUCAGUGUCAGCAUUAAAUUGUUUUUGCAUAUCAGGUGAGGAAGUCAUCUACAAUCUUGUGUCCCCUUGUGGUAUUCAUAACAGUAAUUAGCUGACCAGUGAAGUAUAAACAUGAUGCCUUAAAGACAAUAAAUAGCUGUGCACUUAGGAGUGAGUGUUGUGCACUAGAUAACAGUGUGUUGACAUACAAAUUGUUUAGAGACACAGGCUAUUGCCAACAGAAUUAGUUCAGGAAUAUGAACAUCCACAACUGCUAUAAUUAUUACUACCACGACCACCAGCAUCAUAAUUAAUUUGUAGAUAAAAAUUCUCUUUCGUGUGAACUAAUGCAUUAUGGGGGCUUCAAAAGAAAAAAUUAUGUUGCAAUUUUUACUGUAAGUUGUGUAGUGUUGUCAAACACACCCCUCAUUACAAAUCUGCAGGAUAGUAUUAACCACACUUUUCGUUCAUAUGGCUGUGUUUGGCAGUUUUAUCAUGGCUCAAUUCUCUUGUUUCUGUAUUCAUUACUUCUAUCUGUUGCAUCCUUAUUUUUCAUGCUGUAAUGUUGGGUAAUCAAUGGUAGCUAAAUAUACAUCUGUUGUCAUGUCCAUUUCUUUGAAUUUGAAAAACAACAUGCUAACUACUACUGUGUGGUACAUUUCGACAUAUCUGCUAGUCUGGAUUACACAUUCAACAGUGGAAUGAAAACACACAGUUUUUACUAACAACUAUACAAAUGGAACAGAAACAUUAUGAGUUUGCACAGUUUCUCACUGGAUGUAAAUUUUUUAUUUAGUUAGCUGUUAAUACUCAUACUUAGCAUCAUAUUUUUUAUAGAAUUUCCCUUUAAAUGAUUAACUACUGUUUCCUGCAUCAUCUGAAUGAGAAACUAGUAAAUCUGAUUAGGCCUAUCAUUUCACAUAGUAAAAAACUUAUUAGGUAUAGGUAUUUAAUUUACUUUCAUAGAAAUUAAUGACUUGCAUUUCUCAUAUCAUAUAUUUUUUCUGUCUGACCAAAAUGUGGCAAUAUAGUUUAUGGAGAUGUACAGUACUGUGUAUACGAUUAGUUUGUGUGUCCUCAAUGAAGAUUGACGAAACUGUAGUAACAAAAGAGAAAAUUAUUAUUUUAAGAAUGUAGGAAAAGAUAGAUUGCUACCUACCUUAAAGAAGACACGUCAAGUUGCAGACACAAUUAAAAGACAAUUAUAUAAAGCUUUUGGCCACAGCCUUCAUCAAUAAAGGGAGACACACACCAUUCAUACACACAAGCAGGCACACCUCAUGCACACAUGGCCACUAACUCCAGCAUCCGGCCCGAGAUGCUUGACUUGGCGAUCAUAUGUGUGUGAUGUGUGCCUGCUUGUGUGUGUAAAUGACGUAUGUCUCUGUUUACUAAUGAAGGCUGUGGCUGAAAGCUUUACAUAAGUGUAUUUUAAUUGUCCCUGUCUGUAACUUGAUGCGUCGUCUUUACAGUAGGUAUUGAUCUAUCUUUUGCUACAUUGUUGAUAUUCCUACCUGGUGUUUCCAUUGUUUGAAAUUGUUAUUUUAGUCAUUCUGCAGGUUGAGCACAUUGUGUACUGAGUAUGCAUCAAAACUACUCUCUCUUACUCAAGUAAUGAAAUUGACAGAACAAAAAUUUAAGAUAUUUCACCAUUUCUUCAUAACAAGAGGGAAAUGAGGUUCACAAUGUUUCUGUUACAUCCUGGGUGUACUAGGCUGCUGGUGCCUGGACAUGAAAGAUCAGUGUCAUUCUGGAUUUUGAUGAGUGGUUUUCAUCUGUAAUAUGUAAUUCAUUGUAAUACCUUGAUGUUUUAACACUUAAUUUUCUUAAGGAACCUAAUUCAUCUUUAAUCUGUUUUGGAAAUAUGUAUAAUUGUAUGCAUUGAUAUGUUUUUCUUUUCUUAAUGUAGAUUGCAGUUUAGUUGAUAUAGUUAAGAUUCUGUACCUAACAUUUCUAAUAACAAACCAGGAAAUAAUGAAUAAAAAUCGAGGACAGGCAACUAGUCAUUUGUUCGUCAAUUGUGUGACAAAUAAGCAUACUUUAAAGAAUGAGAAAAACCACACAACACUCACAAAUACUUCUUUUGCAGAAGUAAGUGUGCGUGUUGAUGGUGAAGAGGGGGGAGGGUAGGGCCUUGUUUACACCAUAAGAAGGAAGACUCAAAAGUUUGUGAGAUUGUUUAGUGUGCCCUUGUGCAGCUGGUUAUUCAUCUGCAGCUGAAUAUUGUUUGAUCCCAAUUUUUUUGUGUAUAACUUUUUAAAUGGGUCCUUACAGUGAGAUUCAUUUCUCUAACUUAAAAAUUUCUUCUUCUUUUGUUUACGGUAUCCCAAAGAAAUAAGUCCAUAGCUAGAAAUAAUGUAAAUGCAAGACAUACUAAUCACAAAAAUGUUGAUAAGAUAUUCUUAUUACCUGUAGCAUAUUCUUUAUACAGCCAGUUAUAUUCAAUGCCUCAAGUACAAGCUUUGUAAUUCUAGUAUGACUAGUAUAUUAUACCUCUAUCAGUUUACAGAGAUGGUUAUGUUCAUUUAAAUAGUUAAUUAGUCCAUCUUUUACCUUAACUACAAACAUUUUGGUUACGCAUUACCCUUACUGUUAUUGAUAUCAGAUGAAAAUGUUAGUGAUAAUAGUAAACUUAUUGUUCCACUGAUUCUGUUAUUUUGGACAAUGAUGAUGACAGAGAUUAAAUUUUCUGUGACUUAAACACUAUAUUUCACGAGUAAAAAUGAGACCAUAUUUGCACACUGUAGGUAAAAUCAGCUCAUCGUUAUACCUCUAAAUAAUCUUUCAUGCUAUCUAUUGAUUAAUUCACCCAGCACACAGACUGUCCACACAGCCAGAUUAAUGUUCUUUAUUUUUUUAUUGCUGUACUAACUUUUGACAAGUCAUAAUGAGCUCUUGUUUGCUGCUUUAUUUUUUCUAGGUGUUGUGUCUGUAUGUGGGACUUUUUGGAACUAUGUUGCAGUACUACAGAUUAACUUCAGUGAACCAGACAUGAUUCUACCCUUGUUUUGAUAUAUUUUUUGUUAUAAUUUAAUUCUCCUUUCUUGUUUCCAUCAUUACAUUCCAGAUAUCUUUUGUUGUUUUCUGAAUUAUAAAUGUUUUUAUUGUUUAGUGAUUUUCUUCUUUAUAUUUUUGUGUAAUUUUGAUAAAACUUUAGGAUUUAUAAAUGAUAUGAACAGUUUUUUAUUCAACUGAAAACAGAACAUUAAAAAAAGCCUUUUGAAAAUAUGUACUUCAGAAAUUUGUCAUUCACUUCUUCAUGCUUAUAUAUCCUCCCAACUUUAUUCUGAUGCUCUUGUGACAGUAUUAAACAUUUUGGAUUUUAAAUUUUUUUUUUGCAAACCUUGGUUUUAGUAGGUUCUUCUGAAUAUAAUUUCAACUUUAUAACUUGACUGUAGUAACUUUUGUACAUAUGGCACUAUUAUUGUUGUCUAUAUUUGGAUAACACCAUAGUUUUAGUGCCGUUUUUGCAGUGUUCACCAGUUACGAUAUGCCAUGAGUACAAAAAAAUAUAGUACUGACUGAAUCAGUAAUUCCCUGUGAUAACAUCUCUAGAUAAAACAUUUUUCAAUUAAUUUCUUGCAUGUAAGAACUGCUAAUUUAAUAGCUGCCCUUUCAAAGUAACUGACUUAGCAAGCUGGGGAAAGAUCAUUUCUAACUUCAAACAGUUACUUCUCCUUACAGCAUAUGCAUAAUAGGCCUAAAUUUUGAUUUGUCUUUACCUGUGCCUUAUGAUACAUGCUAUUAUGGUUUAACAAUGCCAAAGUUUGAAUCAUUGAGGUUUCUUUGUAAGUGAAUGGAUGUGUUGUUCAAGGACUGGCUUUCUCUUCCGUUCUGACGUUAUCUAAAAUGCCAUCAAAUGUAUGAUCACUAUAACUAAAAACAUCAAAUGCAUGAUGACCAGUCUCAUUGUAGAGCCUUCUAAACUGCUGGGGACUUCUAAUAAUUAUGACUACUUCUUGGCUUAAAUCAUGUUCAAAAUUACGAGCUCAGAAAUUUAACAACGGAAAAUCCAGGAUGGAAUAAUGACAAUAUUUUGAAAAGGUUAGACUGCUACUCACCAUACAGUGAGAUGCUGAGUCACAGGUAGGCACAACAAAAAGACUGUCAAACAAAAGCUUUUGGGCAAGAAGGCCUUCAUUGGCGUUAGACAACACAUAUAUGCACGCUCAAGCACAGUCACACAGAGGCCACACUCGGCAGCCAGAAACUGUGGUCAUGAAUAUGAGAGUUGCUUUUGCAUGAGUGUGUGUGUGUGUGUGUAUACUUUGUUUAAAUCUGAUGAAGGCCUUUUUGUUUGACAGUCUUUUUGUUGUGCCUGUCUGUGACUAAGCAUCUCUGCUAUAUGGUAGGUAGCAAUCCAUCCUUUUCAUAAUAAGGUCAGAAAUUAUUGUAUAGUCUGCACACUCUUAGAAAGUGAGUAUGUUGUUUGAGCUGAAAUAGUGAAGUGUUACCAGUAUGAAAUUGAGACCUUUUUAACUUUGAUCAUCAGAGGAAAUAGUAAACUGCAUGGUGCAUGGAAAAAGUAAUUAAUUCACUUUUCAAAAUAGUACAUUGGUAUAUAAAUAUCAAAUUCCAUAGCACAAAUUUCAGUCCAGGCAAAUUCCACUACUCUGCGUAAUAUCAUCAUCUAGAGUGUUAUCAAAUUGCCUUUGCUUGACACCUGUUUCUACACUGUAGCUAAUGGACCAAAGGCCAGGGAUGUCCAUGAAAAUGAACUGAAAUGAUCGUAUGGCAUUGUUGGCCGGGAGCCCCCAUGCGGGGAAGUUCAUCCACCAUAUUGCAAGUCCUUUUUAGUUGAGGCCACUUUGGCGAGUUGCACGUCAAUGAUGAUGAAAUGAUGAUGAAGAACACACAAUACCCAGUCAUCACGAGGCAGAGAAAAUCCCUGACCCCGCCGGGAAUUGAACCCGGGACCCCGUGCGCGAGAAGCGAGAACGCUACCGCAAGACCACAAGCUGCAGACAGGGAUGUCCAUAGUCAGUUAUAACAUAUCACUGUUGGUUUAAUGGCAUGGAUUAUUGAUGAAGUAACUCGAUUGUAGGCUUACUCUGUGUACCGAAGUAGUUUUGGAAUAAGUGAUGUUAUCAUAAGUUUUUUUUGGUGGGCUUGAGUUCAAUAGUGUUAGAUGUUUCAUACCAUCUCAUUAUUAUCUAAACUGUCUUACACAUAUUUAUUGUUUGCUCAACUCACUUGAAGUACACUGUCAGUAUGCAGAGAUUGGUGGUCCAUUAGUCCUCUAUCUGCAGAUUGUUGUCAUCUUUUGGCCUAAAAAUAUGCAGAGUGUUGGUGUAUAGAAAUAAAAUACUCAACUUCCUGAAACAGUGGCUGUUUUUAUUGCAUAUUGCUUAUUGUUUUCAUCUGAUUAUACUCCUUAUUUUGUUAGGUACAUUAUCUUAGUAAAUUACAGAUGAACUAAUGUUUAUUAAGGUCAGUCACAAACAAUGCCUAAACCAUAAAAGCUGCUGGCGCUUUGUUUGCAGCAUUGUUUAUGGUGAUGAGUACAUAAUUUCAUCCAUUCUUUCAGUGUACUUUCAAUAUUGUGCUCUGGAGUCAGAGUCACAUUGCUGUCCUUGCUGACUAGCUUAUCAGGCUGUGCCUCUCUCUUUAGCCUUCAGUAUCCUGUUUAUGUUUAGACCAAUCAGUAUUUAAAUGCUUUGAACUGCAAUGAACUGAGAUUGAUUUACAUAUAUAUGACACAUUAUUUCAGAAGGAGGGUAGUCAUAAUGAAACUCUUUAUUUUGGUUAAAAUAAGUUCAUCACGUGUAGGUUGACAUAGAAUGACUUAUUUACCUUCAUUUACCAAGCUACUUGCCAAAUAAGGAAAAUAAUUUCCAUUAAUUUUUUUAGAUUUAGCAUAUUAAGUUCUUGCAAGGUAGUUCCUCACAUCUUGGAAGUGUAAGACAGAUCAAAUGCAACAACUCACAUAGGUUCUUAAUUGUAAUACUCACAGAUUGUGGAUGACAUCCUCAUUAUAAAUUUUGCAAAUAUUGUGAUAGAAUUAUCAUUGUUAUGAAAGCAGUUUAUAUGGAUGUAUGCUCAAAGGUGAAUACAUGGAGAUUCUAAAAUUAUGAAAAUGUUUCAAUUGGUUUAUUAAGAGUUAGCAGUGGAACUGGUGCAAUAUUGUUGUGUACUCAUGUAUAACUCAGGGUAGAAUUUUGAUACAGCAAUACUCAUUACUAUAGGUGUAAUUUUUUAUUUGUCCAUGCAUGUGAUGUAUGUAUAUGUACUGUUCCCUAUUUGUGUUCCAUAAAUGUUGUCAACUGUAAAUAAGCUGGAAACUUUUUCAACUCUCAGAAUCAACUGUAUGUAUCCCCAAUAAACUCUAGUAUUUUGUAUGUUCAGCCAUGUAUUUAUUACUGUUGUUAUUAUUUAUGUAUAUUUUUUACUUUAUUGUACACUUUGUAUAUAGUCAUAGGCAAAGAGCUAAAAAAUAUAUCCAUUUAAAAUGGACAGUUUUAUUCUUUCUUGUAAUAAGUUUCAUUACCCGUAUCAGGUGUACAACAUUUAUUGCAGCUAUUUACAUUUUCAUUUGCUAAUGUUUGUUUCAUUUUAUUUUUAUCCAUAUAUUGUAGUUGUACUCAUCAAAUACAACUUCUAAUACAUUUAACAAACAGCCUGCAUAAUAAUUAAACAUGGUAUAAAAACAAAAUUGACAUUGAAAUGUUAUCAUCUGUAUAUCAAAGAGCAUUACGAACAAGGACAGAGGUUUCCCAACUGGUAGAAGUCUUUGCACAGAUCAAGUACAUCUUCUAAGCAGAAUUAAUUCUCUGAGCUUUGCUGUCAUCUGUGUAUCACUAUCUCACCAUAGUGCUGCUUCUCUAUGUGGAGUGUUAUGUAUUUCAUAUACUGUAAAUGCCCUUUGGGCUGUGAACAUGCUACAUGUAUUUCACUGUUUGAAUCCUUCAACACACACAUCUUUUCUACUUUAAGUAACUCAUUUACUUUUAUUUACGAGAGUCCGUGUUGUUUACUUAACAGGAUACUGUUGAGAAUUCAUUAAAAUAUAAAUGUCUAUUUUAAUUUGGCAGGCAUGUCUUGCAGAAGAAAAUGGCAAUCUUGACUGAAAUAUUUAAAUAUAUGUGAGCUGUAUGUAUAUGAAAAGGUAUUACAAUCAUAUUGUGUAGUAUGACUAAGCAGUGAGCUUCUAUAUUUGUGGUAGUCCUGCCACCAGUGCUUUGUGCAGGGAAUGAAUAUUCUUGCACAUUGGUUAUCUACUCUAGCCAUGUGUAUGAUCGUGCAGAAAAUAUUUUUUAUUGUGAAUAUGCAGCACAUAAUAUCUUGUGGGAAAGAGAAUUAAUAACUUUAGUUUAGGUUUUGGAAAUUUGUUAAUACUAUGAGAGAGCUUAACUGGCUGUGUCCUACAGAUGUUUGGGUCCACAAAAUUUGCCACUGUUAAUGUGCACAAGUACAGGGUAGUUAUCCAUAUCUUGAAUUACAACAGAAUUGUUUUGUCGUAGCCAUAUGCUGAACAAGCGUACGACACAUUCAUCAUGUUGCCAAUUAAUUAUUUGACAAAUUUGUACCUGGUGUCUAAUUUAAAAAAAGAAUUUGUAAUUUAUUACAUACAGGCUUACAUUAUUUGUGCAUUUUUAUUUGUGAAACUGAGUUUAGCCUCUUCCCAUGAUAUAUUGGUGAAAUAAAGGCAAUGAGGCAAGUUUGUUACACAGUAAAUGUGUGUUUUGCUACUUAUGAAUCUAUGUUGUGAAUGUGUGUUCUGUCUGACAUCCAAUAUCUAGUUGACAAAGAUGUGUGAUUAAGUGAAUUCAAGAAAGGAUUCAACUGUUAAAAUCCACAGUAGCCUGCUUAUGUGAGAAUUUUGCAAAUUUAUAGCCAGUGUACAUCUAUGAAACAUGACAUUCCUCUGUUGAAUAUCUGUUACCAAGAUUCCAAAUGUUACUUCUUGCAUAGUUAUUUCUAUUUAAGAAUUCCUGUAUGGUACAGGAGUAGUAGUUCAGGAGAAACAUUUUUAUUCUUUAUUUGAAAAGGCUUUGUCUGUCAGACAUUUUAUACCCACUGGUUGAUUGUCAAAGGUAGCCACAUAUUUCACAU